AUGCUCCGGCUCCGAAGCCCCGAGGGGAAGAGCAUCUUUCACGGAGCACCAGGACUUGACGACGGUGGAAUUUGCUCGGAUCCCCUAAGGCCGACGACCCGGGACAGAGAAGUCAGGGGGCCUGUCCCGGGUCACACAGUGACAGGCAGCCCCCAGAACCAGACGUCAGGGUGCACCACUGCUCCCAAGCCAAGGCCCCCGCCUAGCACACGGGGGAUGCUGGAACAAUACCUUUCUGGGGGAGGUCAGAAAUCUCACAGGCUCUGCUGGCUUCUGUGCUUUGUCUCUCAAGGCCAAAAUCAAGGUGUCAUCGGGGCUGAGCUCUGGGGGAGAAUCCACAUCCAGACUCAUUGGGGUUGCUGGCAGAAUCCAGCUGUGUGGAUUUGUGGGAAAGAAGUCCUUGUUUCCUUGCUGGCUGUUGGCCAGGGGUUGCCCUCAGCAUCUGGAGGCCACCUGCCCUCCCUGGCUCAUGGCCCAUCUCAUCCUGACAGCCAGCAUCCGUGGAAAGAGCCCCUCUUGCACUGUGACUCUCUCCCGCCUCUUCCACUUUCUAUGGCUUGUCUGCCCCUCUCUGUCAUCUUUAAGAGUGCAUGUGAGUAUAUCAGACCCACCUGAAUCAGCCAGGAUAUUCUCCCCAUUUUAAGAUCUGCAGCCUUAAUUCUACCUGCAAAGUCCCUUUUGCCAUGUAAUGUGCCAUAUUCACAGGUGUCAGGGAUCAGAGGGCCGGUAUCUUGGGGGACCAUUAUUCUGCCAGCC